AUGGCUGUUAUAGUUAAUGUGUUAGACAUAAACGACAACUCACCUGUUUUCAGUAAAUCGCUGUACAAAGCCAGUGUUUAUGAAAACGUACCGAUUGGAAACUCAAUAAUAACACUAAAUGCUACUGAUUUAGAUGCAGGACCAAAUGGUGAAGUGUUUUUUUCAUUUAGCGAGUUUGGAAAAGGCAACUUUGCUGAUAUUUUUGUAGUAGACACAAAAACUGGGACUGUUACAAACAAAAGAAAAAUAGAUUUUGAAGAAAAUAAAGGUUUUGAAAUCCGUCUUCAAGCAAAUGAUGGGGCCAACCCUCCGAUGACAUCUCACUCCAAAUUGUUGAUUGAAGUACUAGACAUAAACGAUAAUGCCCCUGAGAUAUCAGUAACGUCACUCUUAGACACAGUAAAAGAGGACGCUAAGGUGGGCACUGCAAUUGCUCUCGUGUCAGUCCUCGACAAAGACGGUGGCAAAAAUGGGUUGGUACAUUGUGAGGUUAAGAAUAAAGUCCCCUUUAAAUUGGAGACAAACUAUAAAAACUAUUUUUCAUUAGUAGUAAAUGGUCCUCUAGACAGAGAGAGCGCGUCUCAUUACAAUGUUACCAUCGCAGCUACGGAUGAAGGGACCCCGCCUCUCUCCAGCACCAGCGUUAUUACUGUACACGUUGCUGAUGUGAAUGACAAUGCUCCUCGCUUCUCAGAACCAGUGAUUAACGUUUAUGUUAAAGAGAACAGUCCGAUAGGAGAUGUCAUUAAAACCGUGUCUGCAGUUGAUGCUGACGUCAAUGAAAAUAGUCAUGUGACCUACUCAUUCUUAGAGAGUAAAAACAACUCAGUACCGCUGUCUACAAUGGUCAAUAUAAACUCAGUCACUGGAGAUAUAGUCAGCCUGCAGUCUUUUAACUACGAGGAGAUAAAAACUUUCCAGUUUAAAGUUCAGGCCACAGACUCUGGUGUUCCUCCUCUCAGUAGCAACGUGACUGUGAACGUUUUUAUUCUGGAUGAGAAUGACAACAGUCCUGGGAUUCUCGCGCCCUAUUCUGAUCACGGCUCCGUUAACUCUGAGAACAUUCCCUAUUCUGCUGAAGCGGGCUACUUUGUGGCCAAGAUCAGGGCUGUAGACUCCGACUCUGGUUACAAUGCGCUGCUUUCUUAUCACAUCUCUGAGCCCAAGGGAACCAACCUCUUCCGAAUCGGAACCAGCACCGGGGAACUAAGGACUAAGAGGCGAAUGAGUGACAAUGACCUGAAAGCUCACCCGUUGGUCGUGGUGGUGUCUGAUAACGGAGAACCCUCACUGUCAGCGACUGUGUCUAUUGAUGUAGUGGUGGUUGAAAGUACAGGUGAAACCCAGACUCAAUACAGAAACGUACCAAGAAAGGACGAGAGCUUCUCUGAUUUAAACUUGUAUUUGCUGAUCGCCACUGCCUCGGUGUCAGUAAUAUUUUUCCUGAGCCUGAUCAGUUUAAUAGCUGUAAAAUGCUUCAGGACAGACGACAGUUUCAAAAGGUACAGCGCACCAAUGAUCACCACACACCCUGACGGGAGCUGGUCUUACUCCAAAUCUACUCAGCAGUAUGACGUGUGUUUCAGCUCAGACACACUGAAGAGUGACGUAGUAGUUUUCCCCGCGCCGUAUCCACCUGCAGAUGCAGAACUGAUCAGUAUUAAUGGAAAUGACACGUUUAACAGGACUCAAACGUUACCCAGCAAAGACAAGGUAAGACAUCAUGUUUUCAAUUAG